AUGUUACUUCCCUCCGCUUGGUUGUGCCUGGUGGCGAGCGUCGCCGCCCGCUCCCUCUUCGACUUCCGCCUCGUCCCUUUCGACAAAGGUGGAGACCAGAAACCAAUCGCUCCUCCCAAGCAUGGCCUGGAAAUCCCCAAGAUCGGCCUGGGGCUAUGGAACUCCAAAGCAAAGCUCGCCACCGACGCAGUAGAAUCCGCCUUCGUUGCAGGUUACCAUCAUUUCGACUCGGCCGCCGCAUACUCCAACGAGGGCUACGUCGGCAAAGGCCUCGGCACGGCCAACAUUUCCCGUCAUGAAUACUGGAUCACCAGCAAGCUCUGGAACGAUGCGCACCAGCCCUCGAAAGUCGAGCCUGCGUUACGCCAGACUCUCGCCGACCUCAACACCACCUAUCUAGACCUCUAUCUGAUGCACUGGCCCGUUGCCUUCGUUCCCGACAAAGGCUCCCGCACCAUCAUCGACCAAGACACCUCCAUCACCGACACCUGGAAGGCCAUGGAAGACCUCGUGCGCCAGAACCUAACACGCCACAUCGGCAUCAGCAACUUCUCGCCGCGGCAGAUCGACCAAGUCUUGAAGAGCUGCAAGAUAUGCCCCUACGCCCACGAGUUCGAGACCCAUCCCUACCUGCAACAGCAGGAAUUCGUGGAAUGGCACCAGGAGCGCGACAUCAAAGUCAUCGCCUACAGCCCACUGGCGAACCUGAACCCGACCUACAACGGCACGCACCCGAAACUGCCGCCCAUCACCGAAGACGCGUUCUGGGUGGAGAUGGCGCGCAACAAGAGCGUGACGGUCGCGCAGGCCGUGCUGGGUUGGGGCAUGCAGCGCGGCACGGUCGUGAUCCCCAAGAGCACUCAUGAGAAGCGCAUUGUGGAGAAUUUGGGGAGCGUGCACGUCAAAUUUGAGGAUGAAGAGAUGGUGAGGAUCACGGAGCGGGAUGAGAAGGCGAGGUUCAACGAUCCGGGCAAGAGCUGGGGUGUUGAGUUGUUUGAGGGCCUAGAUGGAGGGAGUAACAGGUUCUUGGCUGCGGAGGAGCAGGAGGAGUUGUAA